AGGUGAGACUUGAGAGUACUUGCAACUAAAACAGUGUACCCACCGGCCUUUCUCUCUCCACGAGGAGACCUCACCAUCUUUUUCUCUCUCCUUAAUUUCUCAGAUUUCAUUUGUACCUUUCUUUGAUUUCAAAAACCCAUAAAAAUGGCGUUUGAGUUUCGAAAAUUAACUCCAUUCUCUAAUCAAUUAAUCAUGGCGUUGCACCAAUUUCAUCUUUCUAUUCAUUUGGUGCACUGUUUCUAACCAAUGGUGGUUGGUGUUCUUCCUCUUUGUAUUACUGCUACGACUACUUCUGACUUACCACCUUGUUUGUUUUGCUUUACUUUACUACCAAGCUUCCUUUGAUGCUUUGCUCUUCCUCUAUUACCCCAUCUUCUCAGAUCCAAACACACUCUUAGCUUUUUCUUCUUUGUGUCGGUCAUGAAACCACUUUCGCUGACUCCCGAAUUACCAAGUAAAAUUUUGAUAUGGCUGCUUGUAUCAUGUUACAUGGCAUUUCCCGCUUGCGGGGAAUCUUAUAGUGCACAAUUAUUGGAAUCAUCUGCUAAAACACCAUCGACUGUUCCCAACCGUGUUGCGAAUGGCAAUCCAUUACUAGUCGAAUCAAAGGAACAUCACAUAUUGCGACACUCGAGGCGGUAUCUUGCAUCAGCACCAGUUCAAGCUCCAGAUGGACCACUAACGUUCAGCCAUCCACCUGUUGGUUCUAUAUUGUCUCAAAACGUGAAUAAAAAUGACACAUUAGCUUCACCAGUUGAAGGCCUUAUGCCACCUCUCUUGGCUGGAGCAGCUCCAGCAGAGUCUAGAUUACCUGAGCCACCCUUUCCUCCUAAAGUCUCAAAUUGUUGUGGACCUGAUAUGGUACAGAAACGACAGACCCCAAGCUGCCAUUGUGUUUAUCCAAUCAAGGUUGAUCUUCUGCUUCUGAAUGUGUCUCAAAAUCCAAAUUGGAGUCUUUUCCUUGAUGAGUUUUCUUCAGGACUGGGUCUUCGUGCUCCUCAGAUGCAAAUGAAUAAUUUUUAUUGGCUUACCCUGACAAGUUUAAAUAUUUCAUUGGAUAUUACUCCACAUACUGGGAUCAGUUUCUCACCUGGUGCUGCAUCUGCUAUAAAUUCCUCACUUUUGUUGCAUAAAGUCUCCAUACCGAGAUUAGUAGGUGUGGGAGAUUACAAGCUUCUAAACGUGACAUGGUAUCAGCCCCCUGCUCCAUCACCAGCUCCUCUAUCUGCUGCUGGACCAACAAAAGCACCUUAUCAUCAGGCUUCAGCUUCAGCUUCAAAAUCAGGCACCCCUAGCAAAGGGAGCAACUCAAUCGCUGUAAUUGCUCUCAGCAUUGGGGCUGGAGUCGUGAUCAUUGGCAUUAUAUUUUUGCUAGUCAUAUGUUCUUGUUCAUCCUAUCAGAAACCUAAACCAUCUAUGAAAGAUCCAGAAAAUUCUGUAUCAAAGUCACGUACUUCUGAGGCUGCGCCAACUGGAGGAUCUCUUCCACACCCUAGUAGUACGAGGUUUUUGCCAUUUGAAGAAUUGAAGAAGGCUACAAAUAAUUUUGAAAAAGCCAGCAUACUUGGUGAGGGUGGCUUUGGCAAAGUUUUCAAAGGUGUCUUAAGUGAUGGAACAGCUGUUGCAAUCAAGAGACUAACAAACGGUGGGCCUCAAGGUGACAAGGAGUUCUUGGUUGAGGUUGAAAUGCUUAGCAGGCUACAUCAUCGUAACCUCGUGAAACUUGUGGGCUACUAUAGCAGCCGCGAAUUCUCUCAAAAUCUGCUUUGUUAUGAACUUGUUCCUAAUGGAAGUCUGGAGGCCUGGCUUCAUGGUCCUCUGGGGGUGAAUUGUCCAUUAGAUUGGGACACAAGAAUGAAGAUUGCGCUGGAUGCUGCUAGAGGACUUGCAUACUUGCAUGAAGACUCGCAACCGUGUGUCAUCCACAGAGACUUUAAGGCGUCAAAUAUAUUGCUUGAGAACAAUUUUAAUGCGAAGGUUGCAGAUUUUGGUCUUGCUAAACAGGCGCCUGAAGGCAGGCAAAAUUAUCUGUCAACUCGAGUUAUGGGAACAUUUGGGUAUGUAGCUCCAGAAUAUGCCAUGACCGGUCAUUUACUCGUAAAAAGUGAUGUCUAUAGCUAUGGGGUUGUCUUGCUGGAGUUACUGACUGGAAAAAAGCCUGUGGAUAUGUCGCAGGCAGCUGGGCAGGAGAACCUUGUUACCUGGGCAAGGCCAAUUCUGAGAGAUAAGGAUCGUCUGGAAGAGCUUGUGGAUCAGAAGCUUCAGGGAAAUUACCCAAAGGAAGAUUUUAUACGGGUUUGCACCAUUGCAGCUGCUUGUGUUGCUCCCGAGGCGAAUCAACGGCCCACAAUGGGUGAGGUGGUGCAGUCUCUUAAAAUGGUGCAACGGGUUACCGAGUAUCAAGACACUGGCACAGGAUCUGCUAAUAUGAGAGCGAACCUUAGACAGUCCUCGACUACCUUCGAAUCUGAUGGGACUUCUUCUAUCUUCUCAUCAGGCCCUUACUCCGGUUUGAGUACCUUUGAUGAAAAUAUAUCUCGAACAGCAAUUUUCUCUGAGGAUCUUCAUGAAGGCAGAUGAAGUAGAUUUGAAUUGUACAUUCCAUUCGCUUGCUCACUCAGAGAGAAGAAAGAAACAGCUCAUGUUAGUCGGCCGGACAGGUUUGAUUGCUUUCUGAAGAUGAUCUAUCAUUGGUGAGGUUUGUGUAGUAAGAAAUGAAUUUCCUUGUAUACUACGGAGAGCCGUCGACAAAUUUCUAUGAGGCGAUGAAGCUCCUUGGUGUUACUGCAUCACUUUGAAGCGCAAAAUGAUGUAGAUAUGUGUAUCGGUGGACUCGGUUCUUUCAUCUUAUACAGGUUAAGGACCUACCAAAAAAUCUGGGUUAAAUGGGAAUUCCUUUCUUUUUUUUUCCCUCACCUAAAUCAUCCUCAUUAUGUUUUCUGGGAUUACUAUUUUAGCCUGUUUGUUUAAAAUAUAAAAUCCUUGUACAUUUAUCUUUGUAUUGUCGGAGUUCAUCUAUUAAAGUCAAAUGUGCAGGUUGAAAUUUCUUGCUGAAUUACCAGAAAGUUCUUAGUUUUAGAAUAUGCUACUGCUUUAUCAUCUCAAAUUUUGUUUACAUAUAUUCGUUUGAGAUUUGGUGUGAAUCUGUGAACUUUAAGAAAGCAAUUGACUUGGGAAUUUUUAUUUUAUUUUUUUCUUUUAGCUAUAUUAUUGCUGGAUUUG